AUGAUCCUUUCCUUUUUUUUUCACUUUCAUAUCAUUCAUUUUUCUUUCUUUUUAUCUUUCUCCUCUCGUGACAUUAUUCUUUUCUCCCUUUAUGUCACUUCCCCUUCAUUAGCUUUUCUUUCAUCAAAUCCUUCCUUCAACAUUUCCCUCAUUUUAUGCUUAACCCUCCUUAUUAAUAUAAUCGGUUUGUUUAUGUUAUUGUACACCCCAAUAUCUCCAAAUCUAAUAAUUACAGCACUUGUCUUUGUUAAUAUCGUUCACUGCGGGCGUGAAUUGUCGUUAAUUCUCAAUAUCGACGCUGAUGUCCACUUUCUCUCUUCCCAGCUGAAAAAGGAAAGAACUCCGCUUCUCAACCUCUUGUUUCUCCUUUUCUUUCAUUACCCACCCAUUUACUCCCCACUCUCUCUCAAACAGAUGAGUUCGUUUCUGUUUCUCCUCCCGCUCUGUCUACUUUGUUUUCACUCUCUUCCUCUCUUUCUGAAAUACGAUCUUUAUAAACUUCUUUUUCUCUUCCUUUUUCAUCCUCUGUCCUAUAUUUUCCCUCAAUAUUCAUUUUUUGUUUCUGUCUCUGUAUCUCUAUCUUCGCUCUUUCCCAAUCUUUGUCUUUUUUUUAAAUUAUCUCUGUCGCUAUCUCUCCACACAUGCACGCGUAUCAAAAAUGAUCUCACCUUCUUUCUUUCCCCUUUUCACUCUUUUCUCUUUCUUUCACCUUUUUUCCUAUCAUUCUCUUCCUUUCCGGUUCCUUCUAAUCUGAGCGCAACUCUUCAUCUGUAUCGCCAGAGACUUUCUUUAGCAGCUACGCUACUUCCUGUCCCCUUUUCUGUUACAUCCUUCGACUUUUUUAAAAUUCCAAAUUGUGUUCGUUUUCUUCAUCACAACCAUCCUCCUACCCUCGUUGAUCUAUUUUCAUCAAUAUCUCUCUCUCUCUCUCUCUUUCUCUCUCUCUCUCAACUCCUUAAUUCUCGCUUCCAUUCAUUUCUCCCACUCUCAUUCUCUCCCCCCACACCUGUCCUCAACAUUUCUUCCUUUCUGUGUCAUUUUCUUAUCCCUAUGGUUUCUCUCUCUCUCUCUCUCUCUCUCUCUCUCUCUCUCUCUCUCUCUGGAUGCCAUGUCUCCUACUUCAUCUACACUCAACCAUUUUUUUUCCUUUCUCAAUUACGAAACCCUUUUAACUCGUUGUUCUACGCUGAUCCAUUUCACUCUUUCAAACGAACAAUGCAACAGAUUCGAUAUUCGGACUGA